GUGGAUACCUUUCUCUCAUUCGUUAAAAGCUCUGUUAAUUAUUUUAUUAAAAAAAAGAUUAGUUUCUCUUUAUGAGAGGGAAUGUCAAAAGUGUACUAAAGCCGGGAUUUUACAAAGACAUGUUGACGCUAGGAGAAGAUCAUACCGGUAGCAUUCGGGCAAGCUCGAGCCUGUGUAGGUCGAAGAAGCUUCGGGUUCAUGGCUACGAGAUUCCUGAUCUAAACAUAGAACCUAGUUUGGAUUGGGAUGGGGAAGAAACAGGGGAGGCCACUCAGGCUCUGAGCAGUACCUGUUUGAGAUCUCAGGAUGCAGAUUAUUGUUUACUAAAUGUUCCUCAGCUCGUUUACGAGCUAGAGGUCGAGAUACUUGCACGCGUGCCGCGUUUCGAGUAUUGGAAACUAAAGUUACUUAAUAAAGGGUUUUCGAGUUUGCUAAAGAGCGAUGAGAUUUUCAAGGUGAGACGAGAACGGGGUGUAGUUGAACCGUCUGUCUUUAUGCUGUCGAGCGGUGAUACGCGUUGGACGAUGUUUGAUAAGGGCUUUGAGAAUUUUCAGAAGCUUCCGGAACUUCCUUCUGACAUAUGCUUCCUCCAUGGAGAUAAAGAGUCGCUUUGCGCAGGAACUCAUUUGAUUGUCACUGGGAAAGAAGAGAAGAGCAUUGCGCUAUGGCGGUAUGAGCUGGAGACAAGUAAAUGGUUCAAAGGUCCUGCAAUGAUCACACCGCGGAUCUUGUUUGCUUCCGCUACAUGUGGGACUGUUGUGUUUGUAGCUGGUGGGUUGAAAAUUGAAGGAAACGGGACCAUGGAAGUUGUGGACAGCGUCGAGAAGUAUGACUCUACGACCAAAACGUGGACACUUCUCCAUGGAAUGCAUAAGCGGCGGAAAUUUUGCUCUGGAUGUUACUUGCGUGGUAAGUUUUACGUUCUUGGAGGCCGGGAUGAGAAUGGUCAAAACCUAACUUGCGGAGAAAGUUAUGAUGAGAAGACAGACACAUGGGAGCUAAUACCGGACAUUCUCAAAAACAUGUCUUUCUCUUCGGUCCAAUCUCCACCGCUCAUCGCAGUGGUUGGGGAUGAUCUUUACUCAUUGGAAACCUCGGCAAACGAGCUCCGCGUUUAUGAUGCAAACGCAAACUCUUGGAAGAAGCUUGGAGAUGUGCCUGUGAGAGCUAAGUCUAAUGGAGGAUGGGGAGUAGCGUUUAAGUCGCUUGGAGACAAGCUUCUUGUGAUUGGAGCAUCAUCGGGUCCGUCUAGGUCCGAGACGAUGUCGGUUUACACGUGUUGUCCGUGCGCUGAUCCGGAGAACAAGCUGUAUUGGGAGGAGUCUAAACGCUGUUGUGGCGUUAGGCUCAACCAUUUUAUCCUAAACUGUUGUGUAAUGAUUGCUUAAGGGUCUUCUGUAAGAGCAAAACUGUGCUAUAUAACUUGUGUUUUUGUGUGUGUGAUUGAAUAAAACGCUGUGGCGUCUCAGACGCUGAAACUCUAAUCGCUAUUGUGGGUUAUCUUCUGAUUCAGCUUUUGCAUCUUGAGUUUUUGGUGAACGCUGGUGAUUGCUCAUUUGUGAUAUAUCUAUCUUAAACUUUUGUAAGAUUGUGUUAAAAAUAAAAAAGGUUAUUUAUA